AUGCAGGCCCGCGAGGUCCUCUUCAUCAUCGAACUGAUCCUCUGGACACCUACCCUGGGCCUCGCCAUCUACGUUGCCACCAAGCAAGGCUUCCACCGUCAACUUGGCUGGUUCUCACUCAUCUUGCUCGGCAUCUUCCGUCUCCUCGGCGCCGCCACCGGCAUCGCCUCCAUCAGCUCCCCCACCGAAGGCCUCAUCGAAACCAGCAUCAUCUCCGAAUCCGUCGGCCUGAUCUCCCUCGUCGGCGCCCUCACAGGCCUCAUCUUCCGCGUCCACAACAACCUCCCACCCGCGCACUCCCUCCUGGCCCCCCUCCCCGCCCGCAUCGUCCACCUCGCCACCAUGGCAGCCCUCAUCCUCUCCAUCCUCGCCGGCAGCGACUUCGCCUCCACCAACUCCCAAUCCGACAUCGCGCAGGGCCACAAGUUCAUCAAGAUCGCCGUCGGCCUGCUCUCGGGCGUCUUCGUCUUCUCCGGCGGUCUCGCCCUCUACACGCGCGCGAUGCUGAUGCGCCACAUCAGCGCGCCCGGCGAGCCCCGCCUCGUCAACUGCACGAGCGCCGCACUACCCUUCAUCGCGCUGCGCCUCAUCUACGCCUGGCUGGGCGCCUGCCUGCCGGACUCGAGCGCCUUCGACGUCUUCAGCAACGGCACGGGCGCCACGGUCGCGCGGGCCCUGAUGCAGAUCGCCGCCGAGUUGGUCGUCGCGUGGCUGUUCCUGUGGGCCGGCUGCACGGUGCCCAAGAGCCAGGCCCCGCAUCACCGUCCAAAUCACGCUUUGGGGGGCGGCUAUGGUGGCACGCGUGGGGGGAAGACGGCGAUGCUGCAGAGGGGGUUGGAGGGCGUGUGGGGUCACGGUACUGGGGAGGGCCAGGGACAGCAGCAGCGGGAGAAGGUCAAGUCGAGUGUUGACGAGGUCUAG